AGGAGGAACACACUGUGGCUUUGCAGGUUUACAUAAGACACAGAUGGAAAAAAAAAUUUAAACUUGGGAUGCAUUAAAAAAAAAAAAAUUCUGUGGCAACACAGUGCGUGGUAGGUGGAGAGAGCAGAGACAGGAGACCGUAUUUAAGAUAAGUGCAGACGAUACCUUGCACGGUUGCCGGAGACCAGUUGGUAACAGUGUUUGGUUUCCCGGGAACUGCGCUAACAUGCCCGAGAUGAACCCCAGUGGGGGGACACGUUCCACGGCCGUCCCCGACCUGUGGUAAGUCGGCUGGGUUGAAUUGGGUGAAGUUGUCAAAGGUUGCUCUGCUCUCCAGCCCUUGGCACCAGCUCCGCUGAAAUGUGAUGCCAUUGGUUUUCAGUAAAGGUUCCUUUCUGCAGGGCUGCAAACACAGAUCAGCUGCUACUGUGUAUACACAACCGGGGAGCAGAUCAACCCGCACAGUUAAAAGCAGCCUUUUUAACCCUGAGACUUUCCAAGAUCUCUUCUUCACGCAGGAAGUUUCCUUCUCUGUUGUCAGAUUUAGCACCGUGCUCUUGUCAUCAGACCCGAGCUAGGCUCCCUGCCGCACAGUAGAGAGGCUUCCUUAAGACAUUUGUCCUUGAAACUGCACCAAACUCUUGGAAGAACCCAGAACGUGUCCCACUCUCUGCUUCCAUGGAGAAGGGCGGCCAGUGUCAUCCUGUGUACAGUGUGGUGACUUACGGAUUUUCACCGAGCUGACAAUUUACUGGCUCAUCAAUGAAACAAUAUUAAAUUAUGAAGAUGUAAGGAAAAUAUCCUACGCUAACAUUGUUGCAGUUUGAAAGGCUUCUCUGCAGAAUGUCAAACAAAGAUCGACACAUUGACUCCAGCUGUUCGUCCUUCAUCAAGACGGAACCCUCCAGCCCGGCCUCCCUGACGGACAGCGUCAACCACCACAGCCCAGGUGGCUCUUCAGACGCCAGCGGGAGCUACAGUUCAACCAUGAAUGGCCAUCAGAACGGACUUGACUCGCCACCUCUCUACCCUUCUGCUCCUAUCCUAGGAGGGAGUGGGCCUGUCAGGAAACUGUAUGAUGACUGCUCCAGCACCAUUGUUGAAGAUCCCCAGACCAAGUGUGAAUACAUGCUCAACUCGAUGCCCAAGAGACUGUGUUUAGUGUGUGGCGACAUUGCGUCCGGGUACCACUAUGGGGUAGCAUCGUGCGAAGCCUGCAAGGCGUUCUUCAAGAGGACGAUUCAAGGUAAUAUAGAAUACAGCUGCCCUGCCACGAAUGAAUGUGAAAUCACUAAGCGCAGACGUAAAUCCUGCCAGGCUUGCCGCUUCAUGAAGUGUUUGAAAGUGGGCAUGCUGAAAGAAGGGGUACGUCUUGACAGAGUACGUGGAGGUCGGCAGAAGUACAAGCGCAGAAUAGAUGCGGAGAACAGCCCCUACCUGAACCCUCAGCUGGUUCAGCCAGCCAAAAAGCCAUUGCUCUGGUCUGAUCCUGCAGAUAACAAGAUUGUCUCACAUUUGCUGGUGGCUGAACCGGAGAAGAUCUAUGCCAUGCCUGACCCUACUGUCCCUGACAGUGACAUCAAAGCUCUCACCACCCUGUGCGACUUGGCCGACCGGGAAUUGGUGGUUAUCAUUGGAUGGGCGAAGCACAUUCCAGGCUUCUCCACACUGUCCCUGGCGGACCAGAUGAGCCUUCUGCAGAGUGCUUGGAUGGAAAUUUUGAUCCUUGGUGUCGUAUACCGAUCUCUUUCAUUUGAGGAUGAACUUGUCUAUGCAGAUGAUUAUAUAAUGGAUGAAGACCAGUCCAAGUUAGCAGGCCUUCUUGACCUAAAUAAUGCUAUCCUGCAGCUGGUAAAGAAAUACAAGAGCAUGAAGCUGGAGAAAGAAGAAUUUGUCACCCUCAAAGCCAUAGCUCUUGCUAAUUCAGACUCCAUGCACAUAGAAGAUGGGGAGGCCGUCCAGAAACUUCAGGACGUCUUACACGAGGCGCUGCAGGAUUACGAGGCCGGCCAGCACAUGGAAGACCCGCGCCGGGCGGGCAAGAUGCUGAUGACGCUGCCGCUGCUGAGGCAGACCUCCACCAAGGCCGUGCAGCACUUCUACAACAUCAAACUGGAAGGCAAAGUCCCCAUGCACAAACUUUUUUUGGAAAUGCUAGAGGCCAAGGUCUGACUAAAAGCUCCCUGGGCCUUCCUGUCCUGCACGCCGAAAAAGGGAAAAUCAACCCCAGAGUGAUGUCGAAGAAACAUAGAGUUUAGUUACCAACAUCAAAAAUCAACGGACUGCACUGAUCAUUUAGCAGCAAGACUAUGAAGCAGCUUUCAGAUUCCUCCACAUCUUCCUGAUGAGUUUCUCUGGCCCUUUUCUCACCUUCCUUCUCUCCUAAUUUUUUUUUUUUUUCUCUCUCCCUUAUUUGUCCUCUCCCUCAUUUCUCAGUUUCCUUCAUUACCGGUUCCCUUUCUCCUUUAUUUCCUUCCUUCCUUCUGUCCUGCCUCCCUCCUCCUCACCUCCUUCUCUUUUCCCGUCCUUCCCCUCUCUCCUAAAUUGAAAAUAUCUUUAGUUGUAAGGGAAUUGUCCUACUCCCUUCCUCCAUCCCUCCCUUUGUCCCUCCCUCUCUCCCUGCCUUCCUUCCUUCCUUCUGCUGCUGAACUUUUAAAAGAGGUCUCUAACUGAAGAGAGAGAAAAGCCAGCCCUGCCAAAGGAUGGAGAUCCAUAAUAUGGAUACCAGUGAGCUUGUUGUGAACCAUAACGUCCCCAAUGACUAAGGAAUCAAAGAGAGAGAACCAUCGUACCUAAAAGUACAGUGCAACACGGACACAUUGACUGAGUGCAGUAUUAGGUUUCACGGGAGCAGCCGCUAAUUAGACGACUUAAGCAACGUGGCAUCGGCUGCUUCUUCUCAUUGCUUUUCCAUCUAGAUCAGUUACAGCCAUUUGAUUCCUUAAUUGUUUUUUCAAGUCUUCCAGGUAUUUGUUAGUUUAGCUACUAUGUAACUUUUUCAGGGAAUAGUUUAAGCUUUAUUCAUUCAUGCAAUACUAAAGAGAAAUAAGAAUACUGCAAUUUUGUGCUGGCUUUGAACAAUUAUGAACAAUAAUGAAGGACAAAUGAAUCCUGAAGGAAGAUUUUUAAAAAAUGUUUUGUUUCUUCUUACAAAUGGAGAUUUUUUUGUACCAGCUUUACCACUUUUCAGCCAUUUAUUAAUAUGGGAAUUUAACUUACUCAAGCAAUAGUUGAAGGGAAGGUGCAUAUUAUCACGGAUGCAAUUUAUGUUGUGUGCCAGUCUGGUCCCAAGCAUCAGUUUCUUACACGAGCUCCAGUUUCCCUAAAUGUUCACUGACACAAAGGAUUAGAUUACACCUGCCGUGACUCCAGUGGUCACGUGUAGAAAGCACCGCACACGGAGUACAGAUCCGUAGAAUGAUCAGGAGUGCACCUCUCUACCUGGGAGGUCCAGUUGCCAUAGGAUUUCUAGCUGCCGUGGUGGUUAGGAACGAGAUACUGCCUGUUUGCAGAGUUACAGACCUUGUCUCGGAAGGAGCUGUGAGCCAGUAUUCAUUUAAGAGGCAAUAAGGCAAAUGCCAGAAUUUGGGGAAAACAAAAAACAAAA